AUGGCAGCACGCACGGAGGAGGAAGGUUUGCGAGGGGGAUUCAGAAACCCGUCUGGCAAGGACCUUCACCACCUCAUGGCUGCGAAGCCAGAGGAGCUGCCUGCCCCCCCAGCACAGCCUCGGGGAAGCGCGUGCGGCCCCAAGCUUGCAACGCCGCCUUCUUGCGACAUCUCCAGUCCUUCGCACACAGCCUGGCUUUUGACAGCUUGCCCGAGUUUUCUGUGGUUCCUGCUGGCCGGUGGUACGGUCACCUGGCGCUCAGGAGCUUGUGACCGGGUAAGGACGCUUCUCCUGCUGCAGGCCGCCUUUUACGUGCUGGGCCGCAGGGCCAUUUUUGUGGUUAUGCUGGGCAUGGCCGAGACAGGGGAUUUGGCUUCUGUGCAAUUAACAGGAACUCCAAAUAGAUGGGAGGUCUUGUCUGCAGCUCCUGCCACUAUAAAGGAUGAAGCUGGUAAUAUAGUACAGAUUCCAGGUGCUACCACAGUAACUUCAAGUGGGCAGUAUGUCCUUCCUAUUCAGAGUUUGCAAAAUCAACAAAUCUUUUCUGUUGCACCAGGAUCAGAUUCGUCGAAUGGUACAGUGUCUAACGUACAAUACCAAGUAAUACCCCAGAUCCAGACAGCGGAUGGUCAGCAGGUUCAACUUGGCUUUGCAGCCUCUUCUGACAAUAGCAGUAUAAACCAAGAAACUGGUCAAAUUCAGAUAAUUCCUGGCUCUAAUCAAACCAUCAUCGCCUCUGGAACACCUUCAGCUAAUAUUCAGAAUAUCUUAUCGCCGUCCGGUCAAGUCCAGGUUCAGGGAGUUGCAAUCGGUGGUUCGUCUUUUCCUGGCCAAGCACAAGUAGUUGCUAACGUCCCUCUUGGACUGCCAGGAAAUAUUACUUUUGUACCCAUCAACAGUGUUGAUCUAGAUUCUCUGGGACUUGGCAGUGGUUCUCAAACCAUGACAGCAGGCAUUAAUGCAGAUGGGCACUUGAUAAAUACAGGACAGGCCAUGGAUAGUUCAGAUACUUCUGAAAGGACUGGUGAGCAAGUUUCUCCUGAAAUUACAGAAACCGCCACUGAUAAUGACUUAUUUGUGCCAACAUCAUCUUCAUCACAAUUGCCUGUUACCAUAGACAGUUCAAGUAUAUUGGAACAAAAUGCAAACAACUUGACCACAACUAGUGGUCAAGUUCACAGUUCUGAUCUUCAGGGAAAUUACAUCCAGACAUCAGUCUCUGAUGACACACAGGCUCAGAAUAUUCAGGUCUCCACAGCACAGCCAAUUGUACAACACAUACAGCUUCAAGAGUCUCAACAGCCAACCAGUCAAGCCCAGAUUGUACAAGGUAUUGCGCAACAGACAAUCCACGGUGUGCAAGCGAGUCAAAGUAUAUCUCAACAGGCUCUUCAAAAUCUUCAACUGCAGCUGAAUCCUGGAACUUUUUUAAUUCAGGCACAAACAGUGACGCCUUCUGGGCAGAUAACCUGGCAGACAUUUCAAGUGCAAGGAGUUCAGAAUUUGCAGAACUUGCAAAUUCAGAAUGCACCUGGUCAACAAAUAACUCUAACCCCUGUGCAGACUCUCACUCUUGGUCAAGUUGCAGCAGGUGGGGCGUUGACGUCAACUCCAGUUAGUCUAAGCACUGCUCAGUUGCCAAAUCUACAGACAGUUACAGUAAACUCUAUAGAUUCUGCUGGCAUUCAGCUGCAUCAAGGAGAAAAUGCUGGCAGUCCUGCAGAUAUUAGGAUUAAAGAAGAGGAGCCUGAUCCAGAAGAGUGGCAGCUCAGUGGUGAUUCUACACUGAAUACCAAUGAUCUAACACAUUUGAGAGUACAGGUGGUAGACGAGGAAGGGGACCAACCGCAUCAAGAGGGAAAAAGACUGCGACGAGUAGCUUGCACAUGUCCCAACUGCAAAGAAGGUGGUGGAAGAGGUAAUGUCUUAGGCAAAAAAAAAGCCCAUAUUUGUCACAUACCAGGGUGUGGCAAAGUAUAUGGGAAGACUUCACAUUUGAGAGCUCAUCUCCGCUGGCAUUCUGGAGAGCGUCCGUUUGUUUGUACUUGGAUGUUCUGUGGCAAAAGGUUCACCCGCAGCGAUGAGCUUCAGCGACACCGAAGAACGCACACAGGUGAGAAGAAAUUUGUCUGUCCAGAAUGUUCAAAACGCUUUAUGAGAAGUGACCACCUUGCCAAACACAUUAAAACGCAUCAGAAUAAAAAAGGUAUUCACUCUAGCAGUACAGUGCUGGCAUCAGUGGAAGCAACACCUGAUGAUACUUUGAUUACUGCAGGAGGAACAACACUUAUUCUUGCAAAUAUUCAACAAGGUUCUGUUUCAGGAAUAGGAACUGUUAACACAUCUGGCACCAGCAAUCAGGAUAUUCUUACCAACACUGAAAUACCUUUACAGCUUGUCACAGUUUCGGGAAACGAGACAAUGGAGUAAAUAUUACACAAGAUACCUAUUAAUUGUGGUUAUUUUUAUACAGUAGUGAGGAGAAUAUUGUUCCUAAGUUCUUAGAUAUCUUUUUAUUGAUGUGCAAAAAUUUUUGGAUUGACAGUAACUUGGUUAUACAUGACACUGAAAUGCCUUACUUUGUAUGAUAUUCCAUAGUAUAUUAAAAUGGUAAAAUUGCAUGGGUUUUGUAGGUACUUUUGGAAACAAGAAGAGAUGAAAUUUUACCAAGUUAUAUUAAAAAAAAAAGAAUUUAACGAUGGAAAUGGUAGUCUAACCAAAUGCAUCAAUCCUGUGUGGUUUAGUGUAAAAAAAAAUGAGAACAUGUUGGUAUUUAUCUAUUGUAAGAUAAAAGAAGUUGAUGGGUGAAAAGAAAUCAUGUUAUGAUAAAAGAAAUUUUGUAAUUUUCUUGAUGACUGGAAUUUUUAUUAUGCAUAACUGACAAAUCAAGUUUCCAAGCAAAUGUUACAUAGUGUAGGCUUUACUUAGCUCAUCAACUUGUCAUUUUGAAGCUAAUUAUUUUAAUUAGGUUAACUAUGUACAAUAUUUUAAGCAUUACUCUUGUAAGAUUUUGAAAACUACAUUUUAACAUGGAGCUCUAGGGAUAGUCACCUUUUAAAUCCUAUUGAAAAGCCAUGUUUAAGAUUUAAUUUGCCAAAAUGAUGUCUUGUUAAUAUUCUUUCAGUAACCAAGGUGGGCAAUAUAACCAAUGUUUAAAAAGCUUAAAAUGUUAAAAAAAUAAAUAUGUAUAGGUUGAGGCAUUUGGGUGGUAAGGCAAAUGUUAUAGUGAAGUAUAUCCCUUCUUUUGAACAUUGGAGGACCAAAAAUAAGGUGUAUUGCGUCUCAGCAGUGAUUUUUAUCAAAUCUUUUUCCAAAAAACAUCUGUCUGCCAGGGCCUUAAAAGCCAUCAUGUAAAUUACCAGUAAAAUAUAACAUAUGCAAAUACAACAGAAAAAUCACUUCCAUAUUGACAGUACUCCCAAACGUAUGGAUAUAGUCAUAGUGAACUAGGGGUUUUAUGAGGUUUUUAUUUGUUUGUUGUUUAGUUUUUGGUUAGUCAAUCUGCAUUUAAAUAUCAGCCAUCUUUCCUUUUUUGCUUCUUCCCUUUAAAAUUGUAUGUAUCCAGUACAUUUAACUGAUAAACAUAUAUGUUUUUUAUUAUGCUGAAUUUUCUUUUUAUUUUUUAAUUACUGUUUAUAUUUUCAAUUAUAGAAAAAUGUACAAAAUGAAGUUAUAUAGCCAGUCUGUAAGUGCUAUACCAUUUUCAAAAAAUGUACAAUAAUUAACUGCAGUUCACCUAUUUACAAACAUUUGGAAAUCUGUUCAUUUGUUAUUCUUAAAACCACCUCAAAUUUAAAGGCUACCUUAUUGUACGUUUAAAGUGUAUUAUAACAGUGUGGUAGUUAAUAAAACACUAUUUUUUUUUUCUUUUGA